UUCAUUCGGACCGCGGUGUUCCAGUUUUUGCCUUUGGUAGCAGGGUUGUAUAACUCUUAGUUAGUACGAUGGGGGAACUUUCUAUUCGUUUCAGUUGUGCACAAACUAGACUGUUGUAUGUUUGGGUUGCUGUUUCACUCAACUCUUCAACUUUCUGCUCACAUUUUGUGAUAUUAUAUACUCAACGAGAUAUUUGAUAGGGUUGAUUUGCCUUUGUAUCAGUGUCAAUAACACUAAAUACCUAACGAAAUAAACAGCAUUUACUUUAAGAAACAACCGAUAUUGGCCGAGGUUCUUCUGAGCAUUACAAUGCUCAUGAAUGAGUUAGGUCAUACGGCAAUCAAAUGCACUGUAUUGUCCGAGGCUAAAUAAGGAGAUAAAAGAUAUGAUAAUGAUAUCAAAGCCAUUGAAGCUAGGUUUUAUCUCAUAUGUGACCACAGAACAGUCUGAAGUAUCAAGCACAUUCCUUUAUUGAUACCAGUAGUCGCGCUCUGCUCAUCUUUAACAUGUUCACAACUGAGAUUAUUAUGCGAUAAAAAACUUGCAUCUGAUGUGCUAAAUUAAAUAGACAGAUAAUGGGACAGUAUUCCCAACAGGCUUCAUGAUGUGUCAAGUAAAGCUCUAUUGGUUGGCCGGAGUAAACUAAGCUAACGUCACGACAACAAAGGUCUUGGAAAACGGAACAUAUUGUUUGGACCACAGCAAGGAGAGCUCAACCGUAAUGUCAAUCCUAGUCUGAGAAAUCAAAACACCUUGCCCCUAAACUUAUACCCAAGUGAAAUAUCAAGACAGAAGCCUAUAUUAUCAUAUCUGUCAUAGAAAAUUUUGAUCGAAGACCUCUUUGAUCAUAGUCUGGGGAAUACUCAUUGUUCAGGAAGUUUGUGUUGUUAUAGAUUUCUAAGGUGAGGUUCUCAUGAGAUUCAAAAUGUCUAGAGUAGUCACCUCUAUAGAAAUGUCAGUCACCAUGCUAUUCAACUCAAGCUGAAAGUUUAUGCUAGGAUAGCUUUUAAUAACUAGAUUUAAGACAUUACUUUCAGUAAUAAAACGAAGUGAACGUGUAAUUUUUCUAUAGUUGGAAAUCUCAACUUAUUUUGUAGAAAUAAACUGGUAUUCCGGGGCGAACUUGUCAACCCUGGGUUUGAUCAGUAGUAUGUAACGAAAUUCCGAGACAGAUAUAGCCAAUAACAGUCCUAGUGUUUGAGUAAAAAGGUGAGUCAUUUCGUAAUUUUUAUGGACUAAAAUCGGUUGGUUUGUAGUUGAACAUGUUGAGUAUCUACAUCCGUCGAUAUGCUAUUUCUGGGUAUUUUUUGGAAAAUCUUAUGUGCCUCACGGUUAUUAAUAGCUGCUGACAUAUGAUUGCCUACACACGGAAAACGCAAUAUACGUAAACUAUGUACACCAAGAUGGAGGAGUCGCCUUUCUGAAGAGGUCGAAGUAUAUUUAAAAAAAACUUUUUUUCACUUGGAAGCUGUCAUGCUUGAUGUGUAGUGGUUUCUGUAAUAGACACUAACGGCUUAAAGUGAUCGAAUCUUCUAACUAGGCAACUUUAAAGUUUUGUUGUGCUAGCACUUAAUACCACGUUCAUAUAACGUCUUGAACUGAUUGUACGACUCAUCUAGUGUUAUUUACGUCCAAAACAAUGGCAGCUAGAGUGAAACAAUAAUCUGCUUCUUCGUCCUGAAAUCCACAUUUUCACAUCAUUUUGCCCUUUAUGUCAUGAUUAUCUCUUAAUAGGUGUUAGUUCGCGUAGGAGGUUAGGUUAAAAAUGUAACUUAUCUCUGCUGGUGGGCUUUAUGUUUUACAAAUACACUCGAUCUCUGACCAAUGGGUUGCAUUUUUUAAUCCAGUUUUGCACACUUGUUCAAAGUCAAGUGUAUUGAAUAGUAAGCUACAUUAAAAUUUUAGAAAUUAUGCUUUUGAUGGUAUAUAUGAUAGUCGAUGUCCUCAAGAUAACAGAUUUCGAACAUCAUCAUCUGUAAGCACCUGAAAAUACAAUCAGUUAAUCAUAAACAAAUAGAUUCUAGGCAUUAACUGAUGAUUUUUGAGAUGCUUCAAUAAAAUGCAUGUACUUAUAUUUCUUUUUACCUUGUUCUAUUCAGAUUCGUUUCGUGAUGAAAUUCUCAAUUUAUAUAUUCACAACUUAUCUUUAGUCAUCCAGUAGUCAUUGAGUGUAAUCUGUCGAACAAUAUACACGCUCUUUUAGCAAUGGAAUUUGCACAUACUAUUUUCAGAGUAGCAUUGUCUGGGGACCCCAGUAUGUUACUACAAAUUUUAUCUGGGGAUCCAGGUUUGGCGAAUCUUCCUGACUUUGAUGUAAGUCGGGAAGUUUGUCUUUAUUUAACAGGGCAAUAUGCCACUUCAUUUUGCUGCUAUGUCUGGUUCAUGGGAGUGUGUUAAAAUAUGCAUUUCUGCUCUACAAGCUCGCAAGGAUCUUGACUGCGCAACGGAAGUUCAACGUAAAAAUUUCGUGGGUAAAGAUGCUCUUACCAUUUCCGUUGAGAAAAGUGAUUAUGAAUCAUUUAAUCUACUAAUAAGUGCAGGAGCAGAAACAGAUUAUCGGUGUGCGGAUUAUGUGCCUCCUCUGGUGGCUGCUUUAAGUCAAGAUAACGUGAAGUUAACCGCUAACGUCAUGGAUGCACUCGACAUAAAUUUCCUUCGUUUACGCCGGGAUCGCUAUUGGAUUUUAGCAUUGCAUACUGACCUCUCAAUAUCUUUAGCUUAUUUCAAGCUCCUAAAGGCUCAUGCUGUCCCAUACAUGCUAAGUGAAUUUGAGGAAAUUUGUGCCAUUGUUCUUGAAAAAGAACCAUCAAUAAUAGGGAUUGAAGAAUUUUUGAUUUACUUGGGGUCAGAUGCCGUGGAACGUUGGUCUAUUCAUCAAGAAGAAGUAUCUCUUUGUUUAAUGCGUAUUUCAUCCUACUUUUUAAGAAAAGUCGUUCCAUUUAGUCAGGACUUCAGUUGUAUUCAUCGCUUACAAAAGUUAGGAUUAUACACGCCCCCGUCAUCUGCUAGAACUUGGUUGCAAGUUCUGUCUCAAUGGGGAUUCCCAAGGAUUUGUAUUGAACAACCGGAAGUCCAAAAACAAUUGAUUUGGAAUUUAGCAGAUAUCGAUAGGAGUCCAAAAAAUACAGUUCCGGACAGGUGUUUGCUGCCGCUUGUACUAUAUUUCGCUGUCUUAGCAUUACGUUUCCCAUAUACAGAUUGGAUCGAUUGUUGGCGUGAAGUUUGCUCUAAGGCGAACUUUAAUGAGCAUGAAUAUAACCUAGGAACACUUCUGGAAUUACACAGUGUAAGGCAGUCAAAAUCUGUUUUCGAUUUCUUCUGGCAUAAUAUAUUCACUUUUGCUAUUUCACGUGCUGUGUUGUGUACUAAUUUAAAACUUUUUCCCUUAAAUGAUACUCAGUGGUCCAUGGACAGAUUUUUAAGUCAUGCUUAUCACGAAUGCCAAUUAUUACAACCACUUCCUCCAGGGAAUCAUGAGAAAUUAAUUUAUCUCCUUUCUUACUUUCCAGCAUCUAACAAUAUUCCUGGACAUGAAAUUUUUAUGUCUAUUGUGUAUCAGCAUUUCUUACCAUUGAUAUCUGAUGAUGAUAUUGAAUGUAGUAGUAGUUGCUCAAACGUUAAUCCCAAUGUAUUGAUGACUGCUACAGUUCAUGUGCUUCAUCAAUAUUGUUUAUUAAAUCUAAUUGUAAACUUUUCAGCUAAAUUAGGUCUGAAAUUCCUAAGCAAUAUUCAAGACUGGCCACGUUCAAUAUCAACUGACUACAAAAUCAAGUUGUUCAAUAUAUUAAUUGCAUGCUAUGUUGAGUCUAGUCGACAUACCAAAGUACCUAGAAACAUAUCCCAGAUUCUACCAUUGAGACAAAUGAGUUGUGAUCAUUCUAGUUAUUUGAAUAAUUUAGUGAAUGACUGGCUGAGUAAAUGGUUGUCUGAGCCGAAACGUCUCUCAUUAUGGUCUAAAGUUACUAUACGCACAUGUCUCAGACGUUCCACGCAACAUCGUUCUUUCCCUAAACAACCUGUAAAUGAACUUAUUAGGCGUUUACCGCUGGCCCCGAUGCUCCAGGAGUACCUUAUAGAUAAUGAAUAUCUAAAGUAAUGUUGAUUCUGGUUAUUUCUACAAAGUAAACUCCUGAUAUACUUUAUGAUUGUAUAUUCAUUUACAACACAAAAAUCAAUGCGAUCUUGAGUAAAUACACUUGCUAC